CACGUGUAACGCUCCACAACGUUUUUUUUCCAUCACUCUCUUUUAAGAAUAAAACGACAAAUACAGUUACAUCUCUUUCGUCACCAUUUUCCGGCGUCAUGUUAUUGACUCUUGCCUUUUCUCCGCAUUUUCCUCAAAACCGCUUUCGGUGUCGGUGUUGUAAUUCCGUUCCCGGAAAUGGUUUUCAAACUGAACGUGGUUUGGAAUUCGAUACCGGCGGCGCAUUUUUCCGGCAAGAAAGCGCUACCGGAAGAGACCUCGGCGUACUUGCCGCUUCUCUGCAGAAGAAGAAAAACGGAAGCUUACGUGUUCUCGAUGCUCUUUGUGGCUGCGGAAUUCGGUCGUUGCGGUACUUGAAGGAAGCUGAAGCAGAUUUUGUUGCUGCUAAUGAUGGAAAUGAUAGCUAUGGAAGUAUUAUUGUGGGGAAUUUGUCUAGGGUUUCAGUGAAAGAGGAGAAAAGAUGGGUUGUUACUCAUUUAGAAGCUAAUAGAGUUAUGACUGAUUAUUAUAUUCAAAAGAGUUUCUUUGAUUUUAUUGAUGUUGAUUCUUUUGGGAGUGAUUCUUCUUUUUUGAGGUCUGCUAUUAAUACUUUGAGAUUUGGUGGUUUGCUCUAUGUUACUUCAACUGAUGGCUUCUCUUCUGGUGGCCACCGUCCUCAUCAUUCUUUAGCUGCUUAUGGAGCCUAUGUGCGCCCUAUGCCAUAUUCCAAUGAGGUUGGUUUGAGAAUGCUUAUAGGUGGGGUUGCAAGGGAGGCUGCUCUCUUGGGGUACCAUAUAACUCCCUUGUUUUCUUACUAUGCUUAUCAUGGACCUGUUUUCCGGGUCUUGCUCAGAUUGAACCGCGGGAAGAUUCAUGAUAGUAGGCAUUAUGGUUUUAUUGGGUGCUGCCACCAGUGUGGAAAUUCCCAUGAAUUUUCUUGGGACCAACUUGGUCAGAUGAGUUGCUCCUGCAGUGUGUCUAAGGUUUCAAACUCCCUCAAGGUAUCAGGACCUCUUUGGACAGGGCCUCUUCAUGAUGCAGCAUAUCUUAUGGACAUGUUAGAUCUGGCCAAGCAGUGGGGAUGGAUUGGCUGUGAUGGUAAAGACAGUCUUGAAAAGCUUAUAAAACUGAUGGUGGAUGAAAGUGACCCCAGGUUGCCAUUUGGGUAUAUCAAGUUGGAUGAGAUGGCAAGCCGUGCAAAAAUCAAUACUCCACCUCUGAAGACCUUGAUGAGUGCCAUGCAUGAGAAGGGUUAUGCUGCCAGCAGGUCCCACAUAACCACAAAUGCAAUUAAAACAAAUUGCCCCAUGACAGAGUUCAUUGAGAUAGCCAAAGAACUACAGCAGGUAUCUGUCUCUUAAGGGUUUGGGCUCUAAAGGUUCCUCUGAGGCUGAGCAUUGGCUAAAGUUCAGAUGUGUUGAAGGUGAUGCUAUGUUGACUGAUUUUGUGAGGAUUCUCAACAAAGAAAAGAGCUCAAGGGAUUUGUCUUUGAUUGUGUUGUGGAAUAUCUAUAUUCAAAUUGUUGCCAAUAUUUUUUCUCUGGAUUUAAGGCAUGGACAAAGCUGCAACUAUGCAUAAGAGCCUAGACGUUGAUGGUUCUAGAGGUCAAUAAGUGGCAAGCAUACUUCAAAUUUUGGUUGAUGAAGUUGUUGAAGGUCUUGUAGGUUGGAAGCAUAGUUUUAUUUUCUUUUGAAUUUCCACCCAGCUAUUCAUGCAACAUCUCACCGUUCAUUUUUUGGGUGGAAUGUUCUGUACUACUCUAACAAGUAACAAUCAAAGUAUAUUUUGUACAAAUGGGAUUGUGGCAUUUCUAAUGGAGGCUUCUUUGGAUUAGUGAAUAAACUAAAAGUCCACCGACAA